AUGAAUGCAGCAAAGCUGCAGGAGAGAGUGAAAUCUUUGGUGUUAGACGACGCCCAAACGACAGCAGCCCGAAGAACUUUGACCCUUCUGAAGCAACCGGUGAAUGAAGAAAAUGUGAGACUAGUCGUGGCCUUGCGUCAGUUGCAAGCAGAAUCCACAGGCAAGUCGCUCAGUGAGGUGCGUGUGACCGGAAAGUUGUUCUCUUGUUGGCAGUCCUCUGUUAGUGUGAGCGCCAAGACUUCGGAGAAGUACUGGUCAGUGCCGAAGAGCAAUUUUCCGGACGCUGCAGAAGACCCCGCUUUGAAGGAGUGUUUUGAGACUGGCCGGGGCGACUAUUUGAUCGACUUGACAGAGUGGGAUGAAAUGCCGCCAUGCUUCAAUCCGCAGACACAUUGGUUGAUUGAUCAGUGUGUCCGCAGACAGAAUCUUGGCCUGGGAGUGAGGGAAGUGGAGUUUGUUGUGAGCUACAACAAGAAGAGCCAGAAAGGCACACCUACUCCAGCCGACCCUCCAGCUCCAGCAAUCUCCUUUGAACCGACUUCGCCAGCAGUUGUUGGAGUUGCUCCUGCAGCCUCCUCCUCCUCCUCAGCUCCAGAAGUGAAGCCUGCGCUUCCACCGCCGCGCUUGCUAGCACGGUCUUUCAGCUCUGAGGAGGAUGAAGUGGAGCUCAUCGCUGCAAAGUGCAAGACGUGUUUCAGCGAGUCUUUGCUGUGGAGUGAGGACACACGCAUUGACCGGAAUGCUCCGACGGCAGAGUAUUGGCUGCGGGCAUUUUGUGGCCAUGCCAAGCGUGCCGCCGCCAAGGGUCAGGACCUCCCUCCAGAUAUGGCGAUUUUCCCCAAGUUUGUGGCCACCAAGUUUUUGGAGCAGGGCGCUUGUGAGGUGUUGCCACAUUUCACCCAGUUGCUCAAAGAUUUGAAAGAGAAGGUCCCUUCAAUCUUCCCCAAGCCCGGAUUGGUGGAUGCACUCAUUGCCAUUGCGGACUACGAUUGCAGCGGCUCUUCUUUUUGUGAAGUGGACCUGUCAUCUUUGAGCUUGUCUGCGCGUGCUGCUCUGGUUGGUAGCGAGCUAUACAAGUCUUGGAUGAAGAAAAGCUUGGAAGAGCGAAUUUCCAAGUUGCAGCAAGCGCAGAAGACACCGCAAGAACUCCGGCCUCUCCUUGAGCCUCUUGCCAAGCUGUCUGAUGACUCUCGGGUUACCUUCGCAUUGACUUGGUGUGGGCCCGCAUCGUACGAUCAGAGGCUGGCCUAUUUGCUUUCGGACGUCGGCAGGUUUGAUUUGCUUAAAUUUUGGUACCCAACUGCACCAGAGCUUUGCCUGUCUACUUUCGUCUCCGAAGAGCCGAAAUUCGGUCACUUCACAGAGAAGCAGUACCUUGCUGGCUUGGAGAGUCUCUCCAAGUGUUCCACAGCUUCUUCUUUCAUCAAAUUGCAGGUGGUGAAGAGUUUGCUUGCGGAUUUUACACGUCUCCGUGUCCUUCCACAAGGAGGAGCUGUUCGUGCUUGGGCAUGGGCUUUGUUUCUCGAGAAUUCUAGCGCCAAGUUGGGAGUGGCAUUGGAUGAUGACAACGAUGAGAAGCUGAAGAGCUUCCCCCCCGAGACCUUGGAUGAUGAGGCGUUGUCCACCUUGCACAAGUGGUACGUGACCAAACUCGGUCAGAAAAAGGACCAAACUGGCCAUGCGAAAUUGCAGCCGUGCAUGGAUGGUUGGAAGAGCAGAGCUGACAAGGCGAAGGAAGAAGCUUUGGCUGCCGGUCGUGCCGCAGAGAAGGGUGGCCACAAAGAACCUCAGCAGGCAGCCCCACCUGCGGCUGUGACUGAUUGGAAGGAAGGAGACGUUGCCAUUGCUCUCCCUGGCAAAAGAAAGUCAGAGUUCGACAACCAAGAAGGUGUCGUGCUCAAAGUGCUGGCCAAAAAGCUCCGUCUGGAGUUCAAGCGCUUGGGGGAGACAAAGGAUGUGGACAAAGACAGAUGCCAAAAAGCGGCCAAGAGUGGACGUCAGAAUGCCGAUGAGAAAGCCGAAGAGAAGAAGGAAGAGAAGAAGGAAGAAAAACCUUCGCUGACGGAGCUCUUGGGCUCAGACGUGGUGGACGAUUAG